CUUGUAUUUUAGCAUGUUCUUGUAUCCUUCUAAAUCAAAAUCGGAAUGGGCUUUGCCUCUUUUAUAGGGAAUGGCUUUGUCCCCUCAAAACCCUUAGUCCACAACAGGAUCACAAGCUCAUGUUUGGUCUUGUUUUCUCCGUCAAGUCCUUCACUACCAAGAUGGAUCCGUCACGUGACUGGGUAUCCAUUGAAUCCGCAAACUGUGGGAGUUGACCUCAAUGCUGAUGAAGGAAAUUUUGGGUUCCCCCAAUUACCACGUCAAGGAUGCUCUAUUCAUAGCUUUCGAACAAUCACAUACAAACUGAGCUUUAUGGAGAGUUCCUCUAGGAUUACGGUGGAGUUUCUUUCUUUUAUAU